UGCGUAUAUGGCAGAUGGCUGGCGCCUACGCCGCCUACUGUAGCAAUACCGCUUUGAGGUUGAAUGCAACCGUUCUCCGUUUCGGCUAAAUUUUAUCGAUAAGUGAAUAAAGUAAAUUGUAUCUUUUACAACUUUCGAAAAUGACGACGCUUAGGCCCUUCACAUGCAACGACUUGUUCAAAUUUAACAAUGUGAAUCUGGAUCCGCUCACAGAAACGUACGGGCUUUCGUUUUAUAUGCAUUACCUUUCACACUGGCCGGAGUACAUUCAAGUGGCAGAAUCUCCGAGCGGUGAAAUUAUGGGUUACAUCAUGGGAAAGGCCGAGGGUCACGGAGAAAAUUGGCAUGGUCACGUAACAGCCCUCACAGUUUCUCCCGAUUACAGGAGACUGGGUCUCGCUGCGAUGUUGAUGAAGUAUCUUGAGGAUGUAUCCGAAAAGAAACAGGCGUAUUUCGUGGAUCUCUUUGUUAGGGUGAGCAACAAGGUGGCUAUCACCAUGUACCAGCAAUUAGGAUAUAUUGUGUAUAGGACAGUACUGGAAUAUUACAAUGGGGAUCCAGACGAAGAUGCAUAUGAUAUGAGAAAAGCCUUGUCAAAAGAUGUGAAAAAGAAAUCUAUGAUUCCAUUAACGCAUCCUGUGAGACCGGAAGAGGUGGACUGAAACGUUUCAACUUCUCGCAUUGACAAAAGUUGAAAAGUAAAUUAUAAACAAAUUGGGUGUACAAAUUAUUAUAAAAUUGAGUAUAUCAGAAAUAUAGGUCGUUAAAAAUGUA